AUGAACAAUCCUAACUGGAAGAGUUUAUCCAAUGAGUUGAGACGUAGGGCUCAACAAGCAGGUGGAAACAGAAGUCCCAAAAGUCCGCUUGCACUCUUUGGUGGUAUUGGAGGGCUAUUAGCUCUUGGUGGUGUUGUUCUUUUUGCCCAGAAUGCAUUGUUUAAUGUGGAAGGUGGACAGAGAGGAAUUUUGUACUCGAGAAUUGGAGGAAUUCAGGAGAAGAUUUACCCCGAGGGUACCCAUUUUGUGAUUCCAUGGUUACAAAGACCUAUCAUAUAUGAUGUUCGUGCAAAGCCAAAAGAAAUUGCAUCGUUGACAGGAACCAAGGAUUUGCAAAUGGUCAAUAUUACGUGCAGAGUGUUGUACAAGCCAGAUAUUUUCAAAUUGCCCAGAAUCUUUGUAACUUUGGGACAAAAUUAUGAAGAAAGAGUUUUACCAUCUAUUGUGAAUGAGGUGUUGAAAUCGGUUGUGGCACAAUUCAAUGCGGCACAAUUAAUAACCCAGAGAGAAAAAGUUUCGAGAUUGGUGCGUGAGAACUUGGUACGUCGUGCUGCUAAAUUUGACAUUGCUUUGGAUGAUGUCUCCUUGACCUAUAUGACAUUUUCACCCGAGUUUAGCGCUGCAGUUGAAGCCAAGCAGAUUGCUCAGCAAGACGCACAAAGAGCUGCAUUCAUUGUAGAUAAAGCAAUACAGGAGAAACAACAAUUGGUGGUAAAGGCUCAGGGUGAAGCCAAAUCUGCGGAAUUGAUUGGUGAAGCCAUUAAGAAAUCAAGAGAUUACGUAGAAUUGAAAAGAUUAGAUACCGCAAGAGAGAUUGCAAACAUUUUAUCAUCAUCUCCAAAUAGAAUUUUAUUGGACAAUGAUACCUUGUUAUUGAACACCGUGAUUGACAGCCGUAAUAGCCGUAAAUAG